AGGAAAAGUGCACUAUGUGUGAAUUUAAAGCUCAGCAAAGCCAGACAGGCAAUUUUUCUUUUUAUUGCAUAUUCAACUCCAGCAUCCCCCUGCAGACAUUUAGUCGUUGUAGCAGUCAGAAGUUAGUUUGAAGCGACAUUAUCGUGCCUUCAUUGUGCAACUACGAUUGUUAUUUUGAUGUAUAGUAAUAUUUGUACAGCCCCGUGUGUUAAUAAAGCGGUUUUAGUCAUUUAUGGUAUACAUUUAUAGAGGGGUAAACUAAAUUUAAGUUUCCCGUAGAUUAAAAACCGCAGGCUGCGGUGUUGUCUGUGGUCUCUGCAUUAUUUAAUGUGACGAGAGCUUCACGCUGCCAAGUUAAACUGGCAUUCCCUCUUGGCUCGUGCAACUCUGCUCCGAAAGCUUCUUCGUUGUCAGGGGCAACCGCGCCAUCCACCAAUGAGAGCGGGUGCGUGCGCGUCACGUGACUCCACCAGGGCGCUCGUCAGUUCUGAGCAACAUGGCGUGAGUGUAUCACGGUUCGUUUUUCUUCUAAAAAAAAGUUAAGCUGUCGAAGACGCAUUUAGAGGUUGCGUGCGAAAUAAAACGUUUUAUGACCAAAUGGCCGUCGCAAAUGCCCACCACUGUAGCGGAAAAGCUCUUUCUUGCGGUCAAACGGAAGAAGAUGGUGCCGAGCACGACACCGGUAGUGACUGUGAAUCCACAUCAUCGAGUUUCAGCUGCUCCGACUACUCAGAUGACUUGGAACCAGAAUGGCUGGAUGACAUCCAGAAGAAUGGCGAGCUCUUCUACCUGGAGCUGAGUGAGGGCGAAGAGGAGGCUGCAUUGGCACAAGCUGCCGCCAAUCAAGGCGUGUCCACUAACCACGUUCGCUUUAGCGAAAAGGAGGCAGAGAUCAUCACAGAGCAAAACAAGAAGCAGCGAUGCGGCUCAAGGAUGAAAGGUGAGCCCACGCUCAAGAGACUAGCGAGGAUCCUGAGGAGAAAACACUGGCCCUCUCAGCACAGAGGGAAGGAUGGGGGAAAAGACGGCUCGACAUUAUCAUCACCUCCAACAUCCAUCCUUAAGAACCAGCUAGGCCAAAGGCAGGGUGUGACUGUUCAGCAGCAGCAGCUGAAGGAAGUGUGCGUCUACCUCAACCCUAAACGUUUAGGAGGUUCGUCUGCACCGCUUUCUAACAGUGGAGGCCUGUUGGAGGCUCUGCUGGGGGUGGUGCAUCGUCCCUCCUGGAUCACAAGACAGGGAGACCCUGCAGGAGUCACGCAGGAAGAAAGACUGACUGUGCAUGGAUUGAUUCCCAACAGUCCGGCCAUCAAAUGUGGCCAGAUCUUAAUUGGUGAUGUGCUCGUAGCAGUGGACGAUGUGGAUGUGACCUCAGAGAACAUUGAGAGAGUUCUGUCCUGCAUCCCAGGACCAACACAGGUGAGGCUGACCUUGGAGACGGCGGCUCCGGUGGACGGAGGAAGCGCCGGCGACGCUUUGUCGGCUCGUAAGACGAAGGCCUCUCCACCGGUCAGCCAGCUGGUACGUCUGCUGUGGGGGGAAGACACGGCCGAACUCCAGAUGUCUAUAGGUCACAUCCCGCACAUUGUCAUGUACCUCUCGCUGAAGCUGGACUCAGCAUCGCCGCAAGAGGAGGAGGAGAUCUUGUAUCAGUAUCCGGUGUCUGAAGCAUCCAGCCAGCUGAAAGGAGUGAGGGGGAUCUUCCUCACUCUGUGUGACAUGCUGGAGAACGUCACAGGAGGGCAGAUCAUCAGUUCAUCUCUCCUGCUCGGGAAACAUCUGGUACAUGUGGGCUACUGGAAGGAAAGCAACAGCCUGCUGGUCAUCGGUCUUCCUGCUGAUAGGGUUCCACUGCUGUAUCUGCAGACGGUGGUGGGAGACGUAGUCCGGACAUUAAAAGUGAUGUACGGCUCCUUAGACAGCGCGUUCUGUAAGGCGGAUCAUGCUCCCAGGCUGGACCAUUUCUUCUGCCUGUUCUUCCAGCAGCUCAUCCAGCCGUCUCGCUUGAGGGACGGUUUCUCAGCCCCGCCCCCCGACGUCUCAGGGACACUUUUCCUCGACGGACUGCCGGCGGUCCGAUGGCUCACACUGCCUCCCGAAAUCAAGGUGGAGGUGGAUACUGUUCUCUCUGAUUUUGAGUCUUCUGAUUUUGGAGAAAUGUCUGAGGACUUCUUCGGCCUGAGGCGUCUCUAUGUGAUUCUCGGCUCCUGUCUGUUCUACAAGUCCUACCUGAUCGCCAACCAUCUUCCUAAAGAGGACCUGCUGGACGUGUGCCUGUACUGUCAGCACUACUGCCUGCUGCCGCUGGCGUCUGAGCAGCGGGUGGGUCAGCUGGUCAUCUGGAGGGAGGUGUUUCCUCAGCAGAGAGCCAACAGCACCAACAACAGCAGCAGCAGCAGCAGCAGCACAGCGACGGGCUACAACCAGCCUCAAGGACGACACUUCCUCCUCAUAGUGGGGCUGAGACACUUCAUGCAGUGUGUGCUGUUGGAAGCAGGCGGAUGUGCGUCGCCAGCGUCGGGCUCUCCAGGACCUGAUUGUGUUUAUGUAGAUCAGGUGAAGGCGACCCUGCUGCAGUUGGAGGUGUUGGAGGCGGGUAUUGAGGAGCGCCUGAACGCUCCUGCUGCUCCCUGCCUCUCCUGCGCCGACUGGUUUCUCCCCGCCGCCACGGCCCGCGACCGCCUGGACAGCCUGGCUUCUUCCUCCCCCGUCCUCAGCAAGCUAGCCGGGGCGGUCAAAAGCUCCUCAUCGGGGUCCAGAGGCCGCAGCCUGUUCGGGGAGAAGGCGCGGAGGCCCAGCCCCCAGAGGAGCCUGUCAGACAGCGGGAGCGAAGGACAGACGGACGCCGGGUCAGGAUCAGGUUCAUCCAUGGCUCCCGGCCUCAGUCCGCAUUCCACACCGGACUCGGCGAGGAAGCUGGGCGGUCGACGGGACUCGCUGGGAUCUGGAGGGUCUGAUGGGAGCGGAGGCAGCGGAGGACUCUUCAAGACCUCCAGGAUGAAACACCCGAACCCGUUCUACCUGGGCACCCUGAAGAAGACUCUGACGGAGAAGGAGACGGAGGAGAUGUACAACACCAUGAAACUGACCUCAGGCGCCGAAAACACCUUGUUCCACUACGUCCUGAUGGAGACGGUGCAGGGAAUCUUCAUCGCUCCUACGCACAAAGAAGUGGCUCAGCUCAGCGGCUCCAUUCACCCGCAGCUCAUCCGUAACUUUCACCACUGCUGCCUCUCCAUACGAGCGGCGUUUCAGCAGAGUCUGCCGGCCAGGGGUCGGCGGACAGCAGACAGGCCUCAGGGCGGCGGUUGGGGUCUGGGACCGGUGAAAGAACACGGGGUCCUGUUCCAGUGUAAACCUGAGAACUGGACCGACCAGAGGAAACCUGCUCCCACCAUGACGUACUGGGUCAUCGGACGGAUGUUGCUGGAGCCCGUCCCUCAGGAGUUCUACGUGUGUUUCCAUGACUCGGUGGCGGAGGUUCCUGUAGAGAUGGCCUUCAGACUCUCCUUCGGUCUGGCCUUGUGACGCCUCGCCUUCCUUCCAACAGAUCAGCGGCAACACGGACACACAGAGACACUUUUUCUUGAACUCUUGCAGCAUCAGUUUCAUUCUCAGGAAAAACGGCUCAAACUGUUGGAAGCACCGGAGAGUAAAUUUGGGGAUUUUUUUUGUUUUGUAUGCUAUUUGUCCCAGUUUCUGUGGGAUCAUGUAAAAUCGGCUACACGGAGUCUUAAUCUCACAACGUGCCUUCAUUUCACAGAUGGUUUUCUGCAGAUAACGGCAGAGCGUGACUGUUGCCUUUCAGCGGCGAUAAGCAAAUCACAGGCCGACUGCUGACCUCAAGUUCAAACCCUGGUCGUUUUUGUGCCUUGUUGCUCAUCGGAAUAACACGUUCCGCAACAAAAAAAAAGCACUUCUGAGCUCUCCAGAGACGUAUGCUCGGGAUUUAUGCGUGUGUGUGUGUGUGCGUUCAUAACAAGCCACUGAAUCAGUGAAUACCUCAGACUCCUCGGUGUAAACUUCUGAUGAGAGCAGACGCUCUGACAGUUUGUUGCUGUAAAGUUUACAAAGCUGGACCAAUAAAAAAAAAAAAAAAACACAAAAGGGUUUGAUGUUUUCACAAAUUGUGUUCAGCGGUGGAAAGGCAUUUCAUUUGUUAUUUAAGUUUGUAUGUACAGUUUUGUAUGGAGUCACUUGUUACAAAAAUGAACGUUGUGUGAGAUUAAAAAAGCGAUUCAG